GGGAUCAAUGGUCCAGCAGAUGUUGUUGACUACACUGGUAGAACUGUAAUGCUUACAUGUUCGACAGAAGAAGCCAGCGACAUUUGGUGGGAGAAGGACAAUGUGAAAAUAGAAAAAGGAGGAAAAUUUCAUAUAUUUCAGAAUAAAACUCUUUACCACCUUCGGAUUUCUAUAGUAGAGGAACAGGACUCCGGUGUGUACACGUGCGUUGCCAAUUAUACAACGGGCUGUACGGAAAGACGAAAUGCAACGCUCACAAUACAUAACUGGGGAAAGCACGAGAUAUAUUGUGGCAAAUCGUACCCUGAUCAGAUAAAUGAAGAUAGGGCUUCAAUACUCAUUGCGAUGGGUUCAGAUGCCUUGCCAAACGAGAACCCGUGGCACGUCAGUUUAUUUAUUAAGGAUGAUAAAUAUCCUUUUUGUGGCGGGUCACUUAUAUCCCAGCGAUUCGUUGUGACAGCAGCACAUUGCAUAACCGAUAAAGGGACGGAGGAAAAGUUUAAGGCAUCCGUUGUGAUUGAAUUCGCCAUCCAGAACUGUACUACAAGUGGACUUAGACGUGGUGUAAAAUCAGUCAUUAUUCACCCUAACUACAACAAGACAGCACAAUUUGACAGCGAUAUAGGCCUUCUUGAACUAAGUGACCCGGUAAAAUAUUCUCUCCACAUUCGGCCUAUUUGUGUACAAGAAUAUUUAAAAACCUCAAUACUAAUGAUUGGCGCUAGUCGUUCGCAAGGAAAAGCAGUUGGGUGUGGAAUAGUCCAGGAACGUGGCUCUCGGCCAUCGAUACUUCAGGAAAUACUGCUGCCCUACGUACGAAGAGAUGACUGUGAGGACGAUUUAAAGCCAACGAUCUACAAUUUCACCAAUAACAUGAUAUGUGCAGGUUAUAAGAAACGAGUUGGUGACGUUUGCAAUGGCGACAGCGGUGGCGGUUUCAUGAUGGAACUUCCAGGGGGAUUUAAGUGGGUGCUUGCGGGUAUUGUCUCGUUUGGCUUCAAGUGUAACAGUCCUUAUCAUUACUCAUAUUUCACCAACGUGGGAAUGUUCUACGACUGGAUUGAUAGCAUUGCCAAAUUUACCGAUGAAAAAAUCAAACUCGACUUUCUUACAACUACGAGUAGUGAACAAGAUCCUGAGAGUAGUAUCAUGCGCGUUACCAAGGGAAGUAACUUAACAUCCGCAAAAACAACGGCUCCAACGCAGUCACCCGUCGGUCAAGAUAACGCCGUAUGCGGACAUGUGUGUCGGAAUGGGGGCUCGUGUAUAGCACAUGACCGGUGUGCAUGUCCAUUGGGAUUCAAAGGACCUUACUGCGAAUUAUAUUGCAUAUCCGGCAAAGGUGACGUUGUUUUCGUGGUUGACGAGUCGUCGUCCGUGGGAGGAGCUAACUUUUCAAGUUUGAUACAGUUUAUCUCCGCUAUAGUUAACGGGCUCACCAUCGGACCGGCGGCAGUACAGGUCGGGUGGGUCCGGUUCGCCACGGGUGUCUCCAACAGGUUCUUUCUGAACAAGUACACCACGGCGGCUGCCAUUGUCAAGGACAUAGAUGGACUCAGGAUUACAGGUGGCGGCACGAACAUCAAAGGGGCCUUUCAGGGAGCACGUGUCGCGCAGUUCGUCGCCUCAAAAGGGGCCCGACCAGGGGCCCAGAAGGUGCUCGUGCUCGUGACGUACGGGGCGCAGGAAGGUUUGCAACCGGUGGCGCAGAUUCUGCGCAGCUCUGGUAUAAAGAUCAUCACCUUGGGGAUUACACCCAACGUCGACAGAGCACUGCUGACCAAUAUAUCAGACACGUUCUUCUUCAUUAAGGCAUUCAGCAACCUGUCUUCCGUCCAGCAAGCACUCUUAUCGGCCACCUGCGAAGCAACUAAAGAGCCUCCCCUUCCAUGUAGUUACGGUCCAUGUCUACAUAACGGCACGUGUACUGACAUAGGGACCAGCGAUUUCUCGUGUUCAUGUACGGAGCUAUAUACCGGGUCCAACUGCGAAACAGAAUUCGACCCUUGCAGUUCAGAUCCUUGCCUAAACAACGGCAUGUGCACUUGGCACGAAGCUCUAAAUUACACGUGCGUUUGUACCGAAGGAUAUGUCGGCGAUCACUGUGAAACUGAUAUAGACGAAUGUUUGAUUGGUACAAGCGGAUGCGAACAACAAUGUCAUAACAGCCUCGGAAGUGUUGAAUGCGCAUGCGGCAGCGGAUAUAUGCUAACAUCAGACGGGAAAUCUUGCAACGAUAUUAACGAGUGCAGUAUCGGGUCGGACCAAUGUCAGCAGGUCUGCUUCAACACAGACGGCAGUUACUCCUGCUUCUGCAACGCGGGUUACACCAAAAACACAGACGGAUUGUCGUGUGACGAUAUGGACGAAUGUUCCAAAGGACUGCAUAACUGCAGCGAUAUUUGCAACAACAUGCCGGGUGGAUUCCGCUGUGCAUGCAAAUCCGGAUAUACACUCACGUCAGAUAACGCAUCAUGCAGUGAUACCGACGAAUGUACCGCCGGCACCGACCUCUGUCAGCAGGUGUGUCAUAACACCGUCGGCAGCUACAACUGUUCCUGUUACAAAGGCUACACGAUAGGCACAGGUGGCUACAGCUGUGAAGACACGAACGAAUGUUGGCAGACCACGGCCGAAUGUUCCCAGACCUGCACCAAUACCCCCGGAUCAUACACGUGCUCCUGUCGCCAGGGCUACCAGCUACUUCCGGACAACGCCACGUGCGAAGAUAUAAACGAGUGCAGUAUCGGGUCGGACCAAUGUCAGCAGGACUGCUUCAACACGGACGGCAGUUAUUCCUGCUUCUGCAACGCGGGCUACAUCAAGAACACAGACGGAUUGUCGUGUGACGAUGUGGACGAAUGCUCCAAAGGAAUGCAUAACUGCAGUGAUAUUUGUAGCAACACACCGGGCGGAUUUCGUUGCGCCUGCAAAUCCGGAUAUACACUCAAGUCAGAUAACUCCUCGUGUAGUGACACCGACGAAUGUAUCGCCGGCAUCGACCUCUGUCAGCACGAGUGUCACAACACCGUCGGCAGCUACAACUGUUCCUGUUACCUUGGUUUCGCACUAGGCAUGGAUGGCCAAGUCUGUGAAGAUGUAGACGAAUGUCAGGGUAAGACAGACAACUGUCGUCAAAUCUGCACGAACACAAUCGGCUCCUUCCAGUGCUCGUGCAACGCAGGUUAUACGCUGAAUCAAGACAGCUCCACGUGCAGUGAUACAGAUGAGUGUUUCCUGCGUACCCACGACUGCGCGCAGACUUGCACGAACGUGGUGGCUUCAUACACGUGCAGUUGUAUUGAAGGAUACGAGGCACGUGACGCGGGUCGCAUUUGCAUAGAUGUGAACGAAUGCCUAGCUAAUACGGACGACUGCGCGCACGAGUGUACGAACACCAACGGCAGCUUCCGUUGCUCAUGUAGAACCGGAUAUGCUCUUGCAAUCGACGGGAAAAGUUGUUACGAUGUGGACGAAUGCGCCACAGAGACGCACGGCUGCCAACAGCAGUGCUCGAACACCGUUGGUAGCUUCGUCUGCUCGUGCCGCACAGGCUUCAGACUCCAGGUCGACAAUAAAACAUGCGCAGAUAUUGACGAGUGCGUAGCGGGCACGAGCGGCUGUGCGCACAGGUGUUUUAACCGACUUGGCGGGUAUCAAUGCUCCUGCUUAACCGGAUUUCAGCUACAAGAAGACGAACAUAGCUGCACAGAUACGGACGAGUGUUUCCUGCGUACCCACGACUGCGCGCAGACUUGCACGAACGUGGUGGCUUCUUACACGUGCAGUUGUGUUGCAGGCUACGAGGCACGUGACGCGGGUCGCAUCUGCAUAGAUGUGAACGAAUGCCUAGCUAAUAUGGACGACUGCGCGCACGAGUGUACGAACACCAACGGCAGCUUCCGUUGCUCCUGUAGAACCGGAUAUGCUCUUGCAAUCGACGGGAAAAGUUGUGACGAUGUGGACGAAUGCGCCACAGAGACGCACGGCUGCCAACAGAAGUGCUCAAACACCGUCGCUAGUUUCGUCUGCUCGUGCUACACAGGCUUCAGACUCCAGGUCGACAAUAAAACAUGCGCAGAUAUUGACGAGUGCGAGGCGGGCACGAGCGGCUGUGCGCACACGUGUUUAAACGAACCUGGCGGGUAUCUAUGCUCCUGCUUAACCGGAUUUCAGCUACAAGCAGACGAACAUAGCUGCACAGAUGUUGACGAAUGCGCCAGACAGACGCACGGCUGCCAACAGCAGUGCUCGAACACCGUCGGUAGCUUCGUCUGCUCGUGCCGCACAGGCUUCCGACUCCAGGCCGACAAUAAAACAUGCGCAGAUAUUGACGAGUGCAUGACAGGCAUGAGCGGCUGUGCGCACAAGUGUUCUAACCAACCUGGCGGGUAUCAAUGCUCCUGUUUAACCGGAUUUCAGCUACAAGCAGACGAACAUAGCUGCUUAGAUACGGACGAGUGUUUCCUGCGAAUCCACGACUGCGCGCAGACUUGCACGAACGUGGUGACUUCAUUCACGUGCAGUUGUGAUGCAGGCUACGAGGCACGUGACGCGGGUCGCACUUGCAUAGAUGUGAACGAAUGCCUAUCUAAUACGGACGACUGCGCGCACGUGUGUAUGAACACCAACGGCAGCUUUCGUUGCUCCUGUAGAACCGGAUAUGGUCUUGCAAUCGACGGGAAAAGUUGUGACGAUGUUGACGAAUGCGCCAGACAGACGCACGGCUGCCAACAGCAGUGCUCGAACACCGUCGGUAGCUUCGUCUGCUCGUGCCGCACAGGCUUCCGACUCCAGGCCGACAAUAAAACAUGCGCAGAUAUUGACGAGUGCAUGACAGGCAUGAGCGGCUGUGCGCACAAGUGUUCUAACCAACCUGGCGGGUAUCAAUGCUCCUGUUUAACCGGAUUUCAGCUACAAGCAGACGAACAUAGCUGCUUAGGCUCUCUUAGAUGCCAUUGUCGUGAACACGAGCAAUGUAAGGAAGACGGGUCAUGUAAUGGCGAGUGCGCACCGGGAAUGUUCGGACCAGGAUGUCAAUACGUUGAUAUCGCACACGAGCAUCCCAAAAUGGCAAGACAUUCGUCCAUCCCAAAGUAUGUAACUGUUAAUAAAUAUGCUCCUGCGGCUGUGGACUAUGACGCCGACACGUGCAGUGAAACAGGCAAUGAAACCGGGUAUCAAUGGUGGAGAAAGUCGUUCCCUUACAAUGUCACAUUCACAUACAUCGAGUUUCACUUGAGAGCGGAUCAUGCAGCAUUCAUGUCACACUAUCGAGUAAGUGUUGCGAACGUUUCUGACUGGAACGACAGAUACGAGUGGCCAAAGGACAUAACUUGUUACGAAACUCUAGUUAAUGACUCCCGUAUUCCACGAACCAGAGAUAAUCGAGCCGUAUUAGGUGUGUUCUGUAACCAGCCCGUGGUGGGAAACACCAUUCGCAUUGAGCUGAGGAGAUCCCAUACACAGCUUGUUCUGUGCGACGUGUAUAUCAGUCAAGAUCCAGCAAAAUACCCGCCCAAUGAGCUGAAAACCAAUUCGUUUGCGUGCGAGAACAGAUUCGUGAACCUGUAUUGCAAAGAGGGUCAUAUCCGUGUGCUGCUAGCAAACUAUGGAAGAUUCAGCCGCAACGUCUGUGGGAAGAAUGGCAUUGACAGAGACUGGAACGUCCAGUGUAGCGCGAAGGACUCCAUACGCAUUGUUUCGGAAAGGUGCGAUCAUAAACGAUCAUGUGAUGUACAGGCCUCAAAUGCCAUAUUUGGUGACCCUUGCCCAUUCACCCCAAAAUAUCUGGAGAUUGAAUAUUUCUGUUAUCAUGCUGGUUGUGCUAAACCUGAAGGCGAUUUAGUCAAUAUGGAAAAGCAGUUCUAUGAUGACGGUGAGACUAUCAGUAUAACCGAUAGGAACUGUGAAACUGGAUACGUUCCGAGUUCCGGAGACAUAACACUUACCUGCAAAAGUGGACAAUGGUCGAAGGAAAUAAGCUGUGUGCCAGGUACCAAUUAUACAAUACGCGUUGUCACUGCUAAUAAAUUUGGAGCUGGUACAGACGGAAACGUGUACAUUAGGCUGAAAGGAACAGCUGGGGACACUGGGAAUAUAGGGCUUCCUGGACGAUUCGAUCGAAAUAGCACUGAAGACAAAAAUAUGUUCCUUCCUGAUGUUGGAACUAUCAUAUCAGUUAAUAUUGGAGUUACAUUGCGCACAAUUCGGUACGGAUGGAUACCCAGCCAAGUGACUGUACAUGAUCAACGGCGAAAUCAGUUCUACUUGUUUCAACAUGAUGAAACUGAAUUGUACGAUAGAUCAGUAACACUUCAACGGAAAGGGUGUGUUAUUGUAUAUAUGGUGGAAAAAGGAUUUCUUAAGGGAGACCGAGGACAAGACCGAGGACAAGAUUAUAACUUCUAUAUCAAUACGGUCUUCGAGUGUAUGAUGUUUUGUUUCAAUAAUAACUGUGUUCAGGCAGAGUACACAGCGAGGCACAAAUUUUGCGAAAUUAUUACAAGUAUCAAGAGGCCUGUACAGCAACGGAGUGAUGAUGCAAUUCAUGUGCUAACACCACAGUGUAUGGAAACUUGACACAUAUGCGGAUCCACGAAACAUUUUGUUUUUACAUAAUUCAAUAAAAAUCUAACAACUAAACCCUCAAUAAGAUAAAUGGGUAUAUAUGGAUUUCACCAUAACAAAAUUUAUGAUAUGUUAUGUACGUCAUCUUUGACUUGUUUGUCUGAAUUAUAUUGCCAUCUGUUUAACAGCUUUUUAGUAACAAAACAUUUAACGAAUGAAAUCCUGUAAGUAAAUGUAUGUUCAGGAACAUUUGUAUACUUAGUUGUUGAAAGGCUUUUAUCAGAAAUGCAAAAUAUUUGUUUUUUAAUCUAAAACUCUGAGUGCGGUUGUAUUAUACGAUUUAUUCUUGGCAAAAAGGUUGUGUGUGUGCCUUUUGUGAAAUAUUUUAAUCAUGUGAAAACUGCAUGCGUACAAAUGCAUAAAAGUAUCCGUAAUUAAUGAAAUUGUUUUUGCGUAAUCAUUUUCUUGUGUUCCUUUUACAAUAUUCUGAGUUAUGCAAUAUAUCAUAAAACAAAUGGAUUACAACGCCAAUUUUUAUUUUUCAGUAUCGUAUUCAAUUGAUGUUUCUUUUCUUUUCAAUACUUUCUAUCGAAAUUAAAAGUACACAUGAUGCAAGAGAGGGUGGUGUUAUUUUCUACCGUGUUGCUUCUCUAUGUAUGCGGCUUUGAUUUGACACCGUUAUUGUUUUUACAUUUAUACUUUACAUUUCGACAAAUCUUCAACAUUGAGGCAUUUCAAGA